AUGCACCAACAUCCUAGGUCGCCUGCUCCGGCAGCGCCCAUCUCUUCUACGAGACCUCGCUCCCAAGAUCGCAAAGACCCGGACCCACGACCAAAUUCCCCAGCUUUCGACCUUAGAACACAUCCGAAUAGAGGCCUGGGGAUUGAAACAGAAAACGAUGUCGCGGAUGCCACCCAUCGUUCACAGCCUGGAAAAGAUGCGAUAGCCAAGCUCAGUCAAAUCAUAUCGAACUACCAUACCAAGGCCGCUCUCAUUAUUCUACAGUCUCGUGCCGAGCUUCCCCCUUCGUUUACGAAAGGUUCCGACACACCGAGAGUGAAUCGCUGGUUCAAUGUCGAGGUAGAGGACACAGAUGUCCUUCGAGAACACCUGCGGACCUGGAGGACAUGCGAUGCUACCGACAACCGACCACCCCCGUUGAUCAUCGAGACAUAUCUAGAUACUCAAGGGCUCACAAACAGCCAAACCCUUGUUGUGUUGGAUGAGAAUGGAAAGCGAUGGGAUGUUUUGGAAUCUCUCACCGCUUCUCAGAGUGCCCCCCCCGUGAAGCCUCCUUCAUCUAGAGCCGACGAUGUUAUUCUGGAGCGAUGGAGGGUUGAACUAGGGGAUAUGCCGGGUAAAUUGCCGGCGGAUCUAGGCUCGAUUCUACCAACAGUAUACAAGAAGAGCAUCGUUCUUUUCCGAUCUCUAUUUACCUAUUCAAAAUUCUUGCCGGCCUGGAAAUUUAUUAAACGCAAUGGCCGGUUCCGCACAAACCCUGCUUUGAGAAUCAAGUACCGCAUCCUGAAUGAUCAGGUCCCCCAAGAACCGUCCAAGCCAGACCAUUUGACCAUUCCCUUGUAUGAAGGCAACAGCAAAGUGGUUGAUACGUAUAGUUUUGGUGUCACCGAAUCGCCUGCGGGCCCGUUUUCCGUCCAGGUGACUUACCGAACGAGCUGCGAUUUCCGUGUCGAUGACUCGGAAGCCCUUUUAAGCUCGCGGUUCAUGGGAGCGGACGAUGAGAUCUUCCGCCCCUCGCUACCAUCCCGGGGCUUGGAUGCCAAAGCUGUGAAUCCCGAAAUUGGAUCGGCUCCAGUGGAAAAAAGGCCCGUCGAAGACCCUGAUUUAAGUCGAGCAUACGGAAGUCUAUCCACCUUCCAUCAUGUCGGUGCUCCAACCGGGGCAAGUCCAAUCUCAGCCCUUCGCGCUGCGAGAGAAUCAGGCGCUUCAUCCCCCUCUCCCGCUUCAUCCUAUCGAAAAUCGCUCUCGGUCGCCAAGGCCAGUCCUGCAGGGCGUGCGGCGAUUCUUGCAAACGAGGGAAGCCCAUACGUCGCUAGAAGGCCCUCGAUUUCCUUCCAACCAUUCAAAGCCCCCCCAUUGUCCGCUUCUCCUUCGCUGGUGGAUCCUCCCCUUGGAGCGUCUCCUCGUACGGUAGGGCCUGUCCGAGCCUCCCUUUCUGAAUCCAAACAUAUGCCUCCUCCUUCCAUGGCUGCUUCGGCCCGUAAGUCCUUGUCAUCAGCGCCUGAUAAUGCAAUCCCGUCCUCAAAUUCCGCCUCUCCACGACCCGCUCCUAUCUCGAGAUACAGCAGCGCUUUCAGUCAUCGCCGAGGAAGACCAUCCUCGGGAGGCAUUAACCGGAUCGAAGACGAUAAUUCCAGUGGCAAAGCGAGUGCAACGUCUUCAACCGCCCAGCCUGGAUCUGGCCUACUUGCUGAGAUUACUGGGACAAGUGCGGAUUCAAUUCAUGCGGACGAUGAGAACAUUUCGGAAUUUCUAAAAAUGCUCGAUCUGAGGAAAGACUUACUAAACCCUUCUUCAAAUCACGCGGCUGCCUUGGAUGCCGUCUCACGUAGAACUACAGCUACUUCCGCUGCUCUAUCUCGCUUUCAGCGCAUGCGAGACUCUAACGCCGCGCUCUCUGAUUCCAUGUCCUCGUCGUUGCUCUUGCAACGGUCCUCGAAUUCCUCUAGCAAGCAGCUUUCGGGCGUUCCGCCAAUGGCUGCAGGUACAUCUAUCUCCACGGCUUCAUCUCCUGGAAAGCCAAUAUCUCCCCAUACGCCGCACACCCCUGCUAUACCAUCUCGCUUGAGUUCUCACAGUAUAGUGGAUUAUAAUAACCCCGAAUCCAAUCCUCGGGGCCUCCCUCGUGAAGCCCCCAGCUCUCCCAUGGAAGAAACUGUGAGUGAUGAAACUCCUGUCGAACACCAUCCUUCUACAGUGACCGCCAUUCCCAUACCGACAUCUCCACCGUCUCUUUUCCCCGCAACCUUUCGCCGCUCCAGCUCAGCGGCCAAUCGUCGAAGCGCUACCGCAGCGGAUGAUGAGGAAAUUUUUAAUAUGCGCAGUGUAAGCCUAGGAGCGGAGGAGCCUUCCCAUACGAGUCUGAGUGCGUUACAGCGACAGCACGAGUACGAAGGUACGGGGACCAACUUGGCUCCUUCCGGCCGUGGAGCAAGGCCAACCGGAAGAGAUAAUGCAAAGGUUCUACCAAGCCCGGCAACACGCGAAGUAGGCACUCAACAAGGUGUGAUGACGUCUGCGCCAGCAUCUUCUUCUUCUCCUUCCUCAAACCACCCCCUCUUCCAACGGCGACUCAGCCAUUCCCGUGGUCGGGGGUUUUCUGGUGGACCUCAACCUCAUUCUCUAAGCUCUGGUUCAAGCAGCGCCGCGCGUGGUGGUGGCAUCAUUCCUUCUUAUCUUGCUGAGCAGGAUCCUGACCGUGAUGCCAACGCAAGUGGAAGCAAUAGCGGUACUUACGUAGCUGACGAGCGCCGAGCCGGACGACGAUCCAGUGCUGGCCGUAACAAUUUUCAAAGCACGCAACCCGAAGAGGACGAACCCUUGUUAUUUGUUAUGAGUGACUUUGGGGCGUCUCGACGAAGCCUUGACGAAGGCCGACAGGGCACUAAUGACUCGAGUGGAAACGCUGGCUCGAGGCGAGGAGGCAGUGGAAGACGAGGCGGACUUUCUGGCUUCCACGUCUGGCCUUGA